AUAGAUAUAUAUAUACGGGUACCCUUUUUGAGAGACUACUGCAGAUUUUGCUUACUGUCAUGGAAGGUCUUCAAAAGAUGAUGAAGGCCAUUCCUUCGAAGACUUUGGUUAUCAGAAUCAAUCUUGUCUUCCUCGCCUUCUUUCUACUGGUUUACUUAGUUCUUCUUCUACAGCCAUCUUCGUCGGUUUAUUUUGAGAAUGCGGCGUCGCUUGUUCGGUGUUCAUUGCGCGAGUGCCAUCACAAGGUGGAUACAGGUCUUCAGAUGAAGGUGGUCUGGGAGGAGACGGAAGCCAAUUCAUCAAAGCCUAGGGGAAACUUGAGUACGAUAGAAAUGCCGAGCUUCAUGAAGGAGAUGAUGGGGAUCAGUGGAAUGAAAAUUGGGAUGGUGAAUAUGGAUGACAUGGAUAUGAGUGGAUGGGACGUCGGCGAAACUAUACCAGUCAAAUUCCAACGUGUCUCGGAGUUGUUUGAAUGGAAAGAUUUGUUCCCUGAAUGGAUUGACGAAGAGGAAGAGACUGAUGUCCCAACGUGCCCCGAGGUACCAAUGCCGGACUUCAGAAGCUAUGGCAGUUUGGAUGUGAUUGUGGCUAAACUGCCAUGCAAGUUUCCAGAAGAGGGUUGGGCGAGAGACGUGUUGAGGCUCCAAGUUCAUCUGAUAGCGGCAAAUUUGGCUGUGAAGAAGGGAAGGAGGGAUUGGAAAGGCGGCAGGACAAAGGUUGUGUUUUUGAGCCAGUGUAGGCCAAUGAUGGAGUUGUUUAGAUGCAAUGAUUUGGCAAGAAAGGAAGGUGAUUGGUGGCUUUUUGAGGCGGAGAUGGGGAGGUUAGAGCAGAAGGUCUCGUUGCCUGUUGGGUCUUGCAGGCUGGCUUUACCCCUUUGGGGACAAGGUAUUGACGAAGUGUACGACCUCUCCAAGAUCGUAAGCUCCACAAAGUCACCAAAACGAGAGGCCUACGUCACAGUUCUCCACUCCUCCGAAGGCUACGUUUGUGGAGCCAUAACCCUCGCGCAAAGCCUCCUCCAAACAGGCACCAAGCGUGACCUAAUCCUGCUCAUAGAUAACUCCAUCUCCGCCCUCAAACGCGACGCCCUCGCCGCCGCCGGGUGGACCAUCCGACUCAUCAAGCGAAUCCGAAACCCUAGAGCCGAGAAGAACACGUACAACGAGUACAACUACAGCAAGUUCCGACUUUGGCAGCUCACCGACUACGACAAGAUCAUAUUCAUCGACGCCGACAUCAUCGUUUUGCGUAACCUCGACCUCCUCUUCCACUUCCCUCAGAUGUCAGCCACUGGCAACGACGUGUCCAUCUUCAACUCCGGCAUCAUGGUCAUCGAGCCCUCUAAAUGCACAUUUCGAGUUCUCAUGAAGCUUCGAAAAGACAUAAUCUCGUACAACGGCGGUGACCAGGGUUUCCUUAACGAGAUCUUCGUGUGGUGGCAUAGGUUUCCCAGGAGAGUGAACUUCUUGAAGAACUUUUGGGCGAACACCACGUUGGAGAUGAGGGUGAAGAACGAGCUCUUUGGAGCUGAUCCUCCCAAGGUUUAUUCAAUACACUAUUUGGGGUUGAAGCCUUGGAUGUGUUAUAGGGACUAUGACUGUAACUGGGACAUAGGGGACCAACGUGUUUAUGCGAGCGAUGUGGCGCACCGGAGGUGGUGGAAGCUUCACGACGCCAUGGAUGAGAGGUUGCAAGGUUUUUGUGGGUUGACGAAGCUGAGGAGGACCGAGUUAAAUUGGGAAAGAAGGAAAGCUAGGAAGAUGGGAUUUCCCGAUGAGCAUUGGAGGAUUAAUAUUACAGAUCCUAGGCGGUCUCAUUUGAUUGAUUAGAAAUUUGUAAUCAUUCUAGUUCCUUUUCUUCUAUAGAAGGAUCGAUAUUUGGGAUUUUUUUUUUUCUUUUAUAAUUCCACAUAAUUUAUGUGUGAAUAGGUAGUAAUUACGAGACAAUGCAUGAGAUGUUUGAGUUA